ACUAUGAUCUAUUACUCCAACACCAGCCUGCUCUUCUCUUUCCUCGACUUUCAAUAGUUACUACAAUUACAAUCACUACAUAACCUUUUCAACUUAUUCUUGACUUCUCAAUUACGGUAUCCUACGCAGUGUAGAAGAGGACUUGUCUCUCGUUUUAAUCUCCUGUCCCACCUGCUGCGUAUAUAAUGCAUGGUUAGAAUAGCCGUAACAACAUGUCACCCUCAACCGCGUCUUCACCUCUCGCUAUGGCACCCGCACACGAAUCCCACGAAUCUCGAUUAUCUUUUAGCUCCCAGAGCAGUAACCCGGACUCCUCCGCCAUGUCCUUCGAAUCCUCUUUCAGAUUAGAGUCUGGCUAUCCCACCCACGACUCUAACUCCGAGAAGCAUCCCAAGGGAAAGCGAAAGAGAACCACUACUCAAGAUAAAGCCAUUCUCGAAGCCGCGUAUAAUUCUAACCCGAAACCCGACAAAGCAGCGCGUCUCGAUAUCGUAAGUCGCGUCUCGCUCAACGAAAAGGAAGUUCAGAUUUGGUUUCAGAACCGCCGCCAAAAUGAUCGUCGAAAAUCGCGUCCACUUUCCCCGCAAGAAAUUGCAGCACUUAGAUAUGGCGGGGGUGUGCAAAUUCUAUCAUCCGAUUCUGCCCCCAUGCCAAUUGCUGCGUCUAGCCUAGCUGUGCAGCCGAUAGACGCGCCAAUUGACGACGAGAAAGCUUCUGAUGUGGAAAGGCUACCCCUCAGCUCCCAGGACGCGACGCCCCAGCACUCCAUCCAGUCUUCUCCGAAGUUUAGUGGUAUAGAUCACCCCCCGGCGGAGAUGAUUGCGAGACCGCCAUCUGUGGGAUCUGAGAAGGCCACGUCGCCGUCGUCCCAGAAAUCUGAUUUAGAGGGCUACUCGUUCUUCCGGACUUCUUCAACAUCAAUCGCACAUUUGUCGACUCGACGAAGCUUCGACAACUCUUUUUCAACCCCCCCUGCCUAUAGACAGACAGGCGACGAAUCCUUCAGACCCGGAUCAUUCUCGUCCUCUUUCAACUCGGCGCUUAGCAGUUCUCCUGGCUCUGUUCUUCCGCCGCCUUCGUCAUCUUCUUCACAGGUUCGCCUGUCCCUUUCCUUGGAUGGAAAAGCCGAGCUGGUUUCGUCUCAGCCAUCGCCACCCUGUCCCGCCCAGAUGCAACUUCCAGGAGAGGCAGAUACAUUGCCUCCGGUUCGUGUGAGCCGGACUCUUCACAGGAGUCGGAGUGCUUUACCCGGCAUUACUUUGCCGCCUAUUUCAACCCUUACUGCUCACCUUCCUCCACAGUUGACCCGAGGUCGAUCACGGGAUGUUCAUGCGUGGGAAUCUUGCUGUGAAGCCGACACACGAGAUGAGUUGACGAAACUAGCUGAGAACGAGUCUUCGGGAUCCGCCGUUGCGGCUAUCAGCCUCCUACGCUCUAGCAGCAGCUCUGCUAGCCUCAGUAACUUGAUUCACAGCCAUAACAGCCCGAACAUACUCCAAUCCAACCCGAACAAACGCAACGCGCCACAGAAUAAGCCUUCUCACCGAGAAGGCACUUCUAAAAAACCGAAGCUUAGCCGUGCCAGUAGUAGCGUCGCACGCAUGCAAACCCUACCACCUGUGUCGCUCAUAGAUACUGCGGCAGCUGUAACUGCAGCGCUGGAUCCGGAGAAGAAGCCCACGAAGGGCUGUCUAUCUGUUAUCCUAAGCCCCGGCGGUGACUCUGAUAAGGAGAACUGGAGCCCGGAUGAAGACGGCAACCCUCAUAUGAGCCAUCGACGAGUCCCACCUUCUCCCAAACCACAUGCACGGUCUCCAAUUAGCAAGAAUCCGCGCCGUGUCGGACGUAUUCUUGGCGAGCAAGAUGCUACGGCCAAGCGUUCACUACUCUUCGGAAAUAGGGCAAAUACGGCGCCUUUGUCGAAGGCACGCGACGCGCUGUCCUUGUCGAUUUUCGAGGAUAAGGAGAACAGCCCAAAGCAUGACAGUGAAGAGGCCGGAAAGUUGGCUCAGGGCGAGCUCAGCCCUAGCAAACGUCCCGAUCUGGAUUGUAUUGCUGGUCUUCUAUCGCUUAGUCAAGGAAACUGGCGAUAAAAUGGUGCCAACCAUGAUCUUCAUGGAGAGCUAGGUUUACUUUUCGACAGAGACUGGAGCUACUACGAGAUAUGUGGUUCGGCGGUUUACUAAAUUUAUUUUCUCCCAGUUUAACUCCCGUGAAAAUUAAGACAUUUCACGUGGAACUUGAAGUUGGCGUUUCGAGGAGAAAAGGGAAAGGGGUUUUGGUUGAUCGGUUUGAACGACGGGAAUGGAAAAGUGCUAUUGGGGGCGCGUGGAGAAUAUCCCGAGCUCCGCGGGUUGUUACGACAUUCGUAGUCUUUUCAUCCCUUCUCUGCAGGCGUACCGUGGGCUAGGUUAGCCGCGUAUAGGAUAUCGGACGGCAGGUGGUUUCGCGAAAGCUUCUUGUUGAGGAAUGAUGGGAGUUUCGUCGGUUUUGGCUAGGCUAUGUUUGUUGUUAUUGUUUCGAUACGACAGGCUAGGUAGCUAUAGGCGACCGGUUUGCUAUGAUUUGCUCGGUGGCGAGUUGAUAGGAUGGUGUUGAUGGCGGGGCUUAUAGUAAAUGAAACCAGACCAAACCAAUUCAAAUAAAUAAAGCCAACCUUUUAAGGUCAAUUUUUAAUUAUGGA